AUGCCCUACCUCAAGGCUACCAUCAAGGAGACGCUACGGAUGCCCUACCAUCAAGGAGACGCUACGGUGAGUGAGCCAGAUGCCCUACCUCAAGGCUACCAUCAAGGAGACGCUACGGUGAGUGACCAGGAUGCCCUACCUCAAGGCUACCAUCAAGGAGACGCUACGGUGAGUGACCAGGAUGCCCUACCAUCAAGGAGACGCUACGGAGACGCUACGGUGAGUGACCCGGAUGCACUACCUCAAGGCUACCAUCAAGGAGACGCUACGGUGAGUGACCAGGAUGCACUACCUCAAGGCUACCAUCAAGGAGACGCUACGGUGAGUGACCAGGAUGCCCUACCUCAAGGCUACCAUCAAGGAGACGCUACGGUGAGUGAGCCGGAUGCCCUACCUCAAGGCUACCAUCAAGGAGACGCUACGGAUGCCCCGCCUCAAGGCUACCAUCAAGGAGACGCUACGGUGAGUGACCCGGAUGCCCUACCAUCAAGGCCACGCUACGGAGACGCUACGGUGAGUGACCCGGAUGCCCUACCAUCAAGGCCACGCUACGGAGACGCUACGGUGAGUGACCCGGAUGCCCUACCAUCAAGGAGACGCUACGGAGACGCUACGGUGAGUGACCAGGAUGCCCUACCAUUAAGGAGACGCUACGGAGACGCUACGGUGAGUGACCCGGAUGCCCUACCAUCAAGGAGACGCUACGGAGACGCUACGGUGAGUGACCCGGAUGCCCUACCAUCAAGGAGACGCUACGGUGAGUGA